AGCGAUUUAAAAAUUAGAAAAAAAUUAGUAAUUUUUAAGUAUUUUAUUUAUUUCGAAUUAUUUUAGAAUAUUAAGAGUAAAAUGUCUAAAGAUAUUAAAGCAGAAAAUGAUACUUUCAUAGAUUGCAUUGUGUAUGACGAUGGAGAUAUAAAUGAAGAAGAAAAUUCCAUUUUAACUUCAAUUAAGGAAACUGUUCCCAAUAGUGAGAACUGCAAAGAUAAAUAUAAUGUAAAAAUUAUAAGGCCAAUAGAUCCAAAUGAUAUAAAAUUUGGUGAAAUUUUUUUAUCAAAUAAUGGUGCCAAAUUAUAUUUUAUUUGUUAUUUUUGUAGUAAAUCGUAUUACAAAAUUCAAAACUAUGUACAGCACUGUGUAGAUGAUCACGACAUUGAAUCUUGGAAAAUUUUUAGUUUUUUGCAGGAUAAUAAAAUUUCAAAUGCAUCCAACACUACGAAAAAUAAAUUAAAACAUGCUAGUAUUGAAAAUAUUUUCAAAAAUCACGAUCACAAUUAUGAAAGUAGAAAUUUUUACGAAAAUGCAGAAAUAUUGUCAGACAAAGAUGAUGAAAUUUUGAGGAACUUCAAAAAGUUUAAGCCGGACGAUAAUUUAAAUGAUUCAGAAGCUCAGCUUGAAGAAUUAUCUGGUGAGUUUGAUGAAGAAUAUUUAGAAGAAUAUAAAACAAGUCUCGGACAAUCAGAAGAUUCAGAUGAUAGUACAGAUUUUGAGGAUCCUGCAGAUUUGACUAAGCUGAAAUAUUGUAUUCACUGCUUAUCUAAAGUCAAGAAUUUUAAAUUACAUAUGAGAAUAAAACACUCUGACUUGUUGCAUAAAUGUGAGACUCCUUAUUGUUAUGAGCUAUUCUUAACAGAAAAGCGUUUAAAAGAGCAUAUUGCUGUGAUCCAUAGAGAUCCCGAAAAACCUUUUGCUUGCAAAAAUUGUGAUUACAAAACAAACAAAAAGAAGAGUCUUGAUGUUCAUUUUAAGCGAAUACAUUUAAAUAUUAGGAACAAAAAGUGUUCAUAUUGUGAGAAAACCUUUUAUGAUUCAGGUGAAUUAAAAAAGCAUGAAAGAGUACAUACAGGGGAACGUCCAGCAAUCUGUUAUAUAUGUGGGAAAGGUUUGCGGACCACACAAGACUUAAAUAAACACAUAUUACGCGAUCACGAAGCACCAACAUUCAAUUGCAAAGUUUGCGGAAAAAAAUUUCAUUUGAAAGAAACUUUACUAAAGCAUAAUUUUGUUCACUCGAACGAGAGACCCAACAUUUGUCAUGUUUGUGGAAAGGCUUUUAAGCAUGUGAAAUAUCUGAGAGAACAUAUAGAUUUACAUAGUGGAACAAAAAAAUAUGAGUGUAAGACUUGUGGAAAAAAAUUCGCUCAAAAAAAUAAUUACACAGGACAUCAAAAAAUUCAUACUAAAACAAAUAAAAGAGAAAACGUCAUAAAUAAUAACAAUACAGCUACCAAUACAACAACAACGACCUAUACUUUUAAGGAUGAUAAUGUAAGAAUAGUGAAUGAUCCAUCAGGUAACACGUAUCGUAUUGAAACCGUUGAAACAGUAAAUAAUCAUCAAGAAACUGAAGAGCAGCUAAGGAAAAAUGCUGGUAGUGUUUUAGUUGCUUUGGAAACUGAACUAUUACAGGAGGAGUACAAUAACGAAACUCAAACUAUUUAUGCAAACGAUUUUGUAGAAGAAACAGAACAACAAGUUUGUUCACAGGGAAUCCGAUCCGUUGAAAAUGAUCCAUUGAAUUUAAAUGACAGUGGGAAAAGAACAUUCUUUGAUGAUUUAUAUGAUUCAUUUGAAUAUAAAAAAUGUAAGUUAUGUAAUGUUAAGACUGGCCAAAUGCUAACACAUUUAAAAUAUAAACACCCCAAUGCCAUUAAAUGUAAUAUAUCAGAUUGUAAUAUGCCAUUUGAUUCCGAGGAAGAAUAUAAUGCACAUAAAGCAGAAUUACAUAUAAAUCCAAAUUUUCCAUUUCAAUGUAAAAGUUGCUCUUAUAAAUGUAAAUAUCGUAGUGGCAUUUUAAAUCAUUAUAAUCGUAUUCAUUUACAAAAACCAAAGUUUCAGUGCAAUUUGUGUGAUAAGAGCUUUUACGCAUAUCAUGUACGAAAAAGACACAUUAAAGAAUGUCACAAUAACGGAAAACUGGUUACGGUUGUGAAAGAAAUAAGGAAUGAUAGUACACUAACUUCUUCUUUAACAUCAACGGGUAUUACAAAAGACGCAGGAGUCUCUUGUGCUUUAGCGUGUCGCGUACUUAGAUACCAAAAGAUUAUGUUAAAAAUUAGCUUGGAUAAAACAAAGUUAUCAGUUAGCGAUAAUUUAGUACAAAUAAAAACUACUCUCACAAACGAGAACAAUGUCAUUAAGGAAUCGAAUACUAAUCCGAAUGAUUGCAAAUUUGGUGAAAUUUAUUUAGCGUUAGACGGCAGAAUAUACUUUGUUUGUAAAUUUUGUGAAGCAAAUUAUUAUUGCUUUAAAUCAUUCCAAAAUCAUUUUCUCAAUGAUCAUGCUAUUGAUUGGAGUGGUUUAAUAUAUCCAGAUGGAAAUUUUGCUUGCUGUAGCAAAGUAGAACCAGAUUACACUUCAUGUAGAGGAGAUUUUGAAGUCAUAGAGGACUGCAUAGUAGAGGAAAAAACAGAUUUAAUUAAAGGAUAUACGGAGCAAGAAAUUAUAGAUCAACAUGAAAUAGUCGCGGAGGAAGAAGUUGGUGACGAUCAGCAUUUUCAAUCACAGGAAAUCGUAGCUGUUAAAGAUACUAAUUCUAUAGAUGACUCUUUUUAUAUUGUUCAGGGAUAUGAUCCAGAUGAAAUUUACAAAAGUAGCUUUAAUAAUCAAUCUUAUAUUAAGGUUGAAAAAAGCAAUUUGGAAUAUAAAGAUCAGCAACCACAAUAUACGCAGUUACAAAAUUGUCCCUUUGUACAAAUGGUUGUUAAGGGUGAAAGUCCUAUUAUAGAAGAGGAAGUUUACACCCAAAAUGAGUUUUCUAACGAUUCUCAACAAAUUUUUGAUAUCAGCCGGAACGAAAUUGAAGAUGAUGAUACAAUAGACCCACCAAAAGAUGUUGAUUUGAAUUGCCACCAGAUACCUAAACAUUUUCUAAAUACAUUGCGGCAGAUAAAAUAUGGCAGAUGUAAAUUUUGUAACAGAAGAUACGAAGAUUUAAAUUCACAUUACAAGCAGUAUUUACAGAAAUUUGUCUGCCAUAUUUCGCAGUGUUCUGAACCAUUCGAUACGAUAAAUGAUUUAAACGAACAUUUUGUGGUAUUGCAUUCAGACACAGAAUUUUUAUUUAAAUGCUUCUUUUGUGAUUUCAAAGACAACGAGAAACAAAAUUUGAUAUUACACUAUAGAAAAUCUCAUUUGUUAGAAAAUACUUUCAAAUGUUCAAAAUGUGAUUUUGAAUCUUUUUCUCAAGGAGAACUAGAAGCUCAUGAUAGUACUCAUGCCACUUUCGCAGAAUUAAGUUCAGAAACAAGAAUAGAGGAAAACAUAGACAACAAUAGUGCUUUAAACGAUAACAUGGACUAUGAAGAUGAAACUGAACCAAAUAUAAAAGACAAAAAUAUAGACACAGAUUCUGAUACUUCAUCUGGGAUAGGAGAAACAGAUACAAGGCGAAAAGAAAACCAUCAUAUUGAAGUAGACGAUCCGCUGCAUCCACACUUUAUUAGUCUAAUGAAACAAUUUCACACAAGACGGUGUAAAAUAUGUAAAGUUAAAUCUUCCCUUCUAUCUACACACUAUAGAAAAAUUCAUUUUGAGAAAUUCACCUGCGAUAUUAAUCAAUGUUCAGAACCUUUUGAUACGGAGGAAGAGUUAGCUGCGCAUACAGCAGAAUUACACAUUGAUCCAGAAAAUCCAUUUAAAUGUGCUUAUUGCGAAUAUAAGACAACGGAAAAACGUCGUCUGUCUUAUCAUUAUAGAAGAAAUCAUUUAGUAGAAAAAAAGUACGAAUGCAAUUAUUGUCCAAUGAAAUUCUUUUAUGAAAAAGAAAGAGUGCAACAUCAUAGAGUACAUACUGGAGAACAUCCAUUUUCAUGCGAUUUAUGUGGGCAAGCAUUUAAAACGGCUGUUAUAAUGCGUAUGCACAAAAAGAGAAAGCACGAACCGCCAUCAGAAAGUUGUGAUAUAUGUGGAAAAAUGUUUUCAACCAAAGAAAAUUUAAAAAAUCAUCUUAAAAGGCAUUUAGGCACUUUACGUUGUAUUUGUCAUAUAUGUGGAAUUUCUUUUUCUAGACCACAAUGUCUAAGAAAUCAUUUACCAGUUCAUUCUGGAGAAGUUUUCGAAUGCAAUUUAUGUCAGCGUAAAUUUACAAGUAAACAAAGAUUCAAUGACCAUUUGAAACUACAUAAAAAAUAUGAAAAAUUUGAAUUAGGAAGCAUACCUAUUAGAAAAUAUAGAUCAAAAGCUAAGGAAACAAUAAAAAUUUAAUUAAUAAAUAACAUUGUGCUCUUCUAAAUUAAUUUAUAUUUUUAAUGGCGUCAGAAGUCAUAUGAAUGUUCAUCGAACUGAUAAAUUAUUUACUUGCGAUCUAUGUGGUAUUUCAUUUUUACGUAAAGAUUCUUUAACUACACAUUUGAAUACACAUAGUGUUGUAAAACAAUUUGCUUGUA